AUGCAGGGCGGAAGUUCACAGGUUAAGCAAAGUCGAGUGCUUAAAAAUACAUGUACAGCGGUAUACAAAGAAGCUGUUAUGUUUUUGAUCAAAACUAGUCAAGAAGCUCUCAGCGAUACAUCAAUUAUUCUGUCUGUGCAUGAUUUGUCCAGGACAGUCACUGGAGAUGAUUUGAUCGGCCUUGCGUAUCUCGGGAAAAAUGCUCAAGACAAGUCUGAGAUUGAACAAUGGAAGAAUACUAGUGAACAUCUCGGUAAGGAAUACAAGGGAGUGCACCAUCUGAAACCGACACCUCGGGCUCCAGAUGUACAAGUUGAACAUGCGCCAUCCGACUCUGAAUAA